AUGUAUCUUCUGGAAGAAACCGAACCAACCCAAACUCCGAAUCAGAAGAAAUCCAAUCUUCCUGAUGAGAUCACCGAAUCAAUACACACGCACUUGAAGCUACACUUUGAUGGCCCAAGUGCCCCGCAGUCCGAAUCCCUAAGCCAUCUGACUGUUGAGAUGAAUACAGCACAGGCUGCCCGGCUGUUCUAUCAAGCAUGUGCUUGCUGCUUACUGCGGUUUCUAUAUCGUGCAGUUUUGGCAACUCUGGAUCGCGUCAAGGUCACGCAGCCGCUCCGCGCAGGCCCUGUUCCACGCCGCGCUCCUCGCCGGCCAUGCCGCGGCGGGGGACUUCGCCGGCGCGAUGGCGCUCUUCUGCUGGGGACUUCCUCACCGCUGGCUGCCGCCGACCCGUUCAUCAUCAGCCUCGCGUUCAAGGCAUGCACUGCCGCGGCAGCGGACGCCACGUCCCUUCACGCAUCCGCCGUUUCUUCGGCCGUCACCUCCGUCUACGUCGCCACCGCGCUGGCCGACGCUUACGCCAAGGCCGGUCGCCUCGCGUUCGCGCUCAGGGUGUUUGACGAAAUGCCGCGGAAGAACGUGGUCUCCUGGACCGCGCUCGUCGGCGCGCUGACCCGACGCCACGACACGCUCCGAAGCUUCGCCCAGAUGCGCGCCUCGGGUGUGCCCUGCGACUCCCACGCGUGCGCGGCCGCGCUCACCGCUCCGCUUGCAUCGAGGACGCCACCGGCGUGCUCGCCCGCCGCGGCCGUGAGGUGCACGCGCUCCGCACCAAGCUCGGCGUCGACGCCACGCCCUACGUCGCCAACACGCUCUACGCGCGCCGCGGCGACGCUGAUGGCGCGCUGGCUGCCAUCGGACGCAUGGGGCUCGCGCCGCUAUGUUUCUGAGUGGACGACGCUGAUAUCCUCCUACGUGCAGACCGGCCGUCCGAAGGAGGCCAUCCAGGCGUUCGUCGCCAUGCUUCGUGGCGAGGCACCAUCUGAUUCAGCAUCACCAAACGAGUACACCUUCGCUGCAGGCAUCGCUGCAUGUGCAGCAGACAUUUCGUGUGUCCAUCUUGGAGAGCAGCUGCAUUCACAAGCUGCGCGGGGAGGGUUCGCCAGCGCCCGCUCGGUGGCCAACUCACUGGUCACGCGCGGGUCGCCAGCCGUCUCUCGGCAGCGGAUGCCGUGUUCCGGGAAAGUGCUGCCAAGGAUGUUGUCUCUUGGAGCGCGAUCAUAUGGGGCUAUGCAUGCGCAGGAAGGGCUCGCCGAGGAGGCUUUUGCUCUGUUUACUGAAAUGCGAAGGCAUCACUGUCCUUGCCCGAACGAGUUCACUCUUGCCAAUCUCCUGAGUGUGUGCGCAACUUCAGAAACAUUGGACGCUCAUCGCCAGCUCCAUGCACUCGCUGUCGCUUCUGGACUAGAACACCAUGAGAUGAUCCGAAGUGCGCUCGCUGAUAUGUAUGGGAACAGUGUAUUUUCCAAUCGCACGGAAGACGAUGUGGUUUCAUGGACUGCGAUGAUCGUUGGGCAUGCUGAGCAUGGCCACAACAAGAGGGCACUUGAACUGUUUGAAUAA